AUGAGCCUUGAUACCAGCUUUGGGUUGAAGUUCUCCUUCACCAGAUUUGGCUGCCGAAUAAGACAGUCUGCGAACCAGAAAAGCAGCCCAGAUUCAGCUUCCCAGCUCGCACCACUUCGAGUUCAGCAGCCAACUGCCAAAUACUGGGUCACAUUGUCCCAGUUACGACCGACAGUCCAAUUCAGCACUAAGCGCAUGUUCAGUUCACUUCUCACAGACGCCCUGAUGACCAGCCAUUAG